AUGUCAAAUGUCGAACCGACAGAAACGGGGGAGAAGACUGCGUCCGUGAUCGACCAGGAGCACGCGAAGUCAGGAAGCGAUGUGGCAGAUCACGAUGGCGAGUCAACAGCUAAAGCGGGGGAGCUGAACUUCGAGGAAUAUACCCGGGGAGGAAUGGGACGGCAUUUGGGAACCUUUUCAACCACCUUUUUAAUUGUGGGGCGCAUGAUCGGAACUGGUAUUUUUUCGACGCCAUCUUCGGUCACUAGCAGCGCUGGAAGUGUGGGUGCAUCUUUACUUCUGUGGACAUUGGGCUUUUUUCUCGCCGGUGCUGGUCUCUGUGUCUGGCUGGAGAUGGGCUGUAUGAUACCUCGAAGUGGUGGAGAAAAGGUGUACUUGGAAGCUGUAUAUCGUCAGCCAAAACUUUUGAUCACGGUUGUGUUCGCGAUUCAAGCUGUGGCUUUGGGAUUUACUGCUUCGGGAUGCGUGGUCUUUGCUUCUUAUAUCUGGGUCGCAGCUGGCAAAGAGGCAUCGGAAUGGGAAGAGCGUGGCGUCGCAAUUUCAGUGAUUGUGUUCAUUACGCUAUUGCACACUUUUCUCCCUAAUUGGGGUGUUCGUGGUAUGAACGUGCUUGGAGUUUACAAGAUCAUUCUUCUACUUUUCAUCGUUGUCACUGGAUGGGUGGUACUUAGUGGACGGGUGUCUAGUAUUCCUGACCCAUAUGCAAGUUUCCACAAUUCCUUUGAGGGGUCGGCAACAUCGAGCAAUCCUUACGCGAUCGCGCUGUUUAAAGUAUUAAACUCAUUUGCCGGCUGGUCCAACGCCGCAUAUGUUAUGAAUGAAAUUCGCGACCCGGUUCGAACCAUCAAAGUGGCUGCACCAAUUGGAUUCUCUAUCGUCGGAGUUUGCUAUAUUCUCGCCAACGUGGCUUAUUACGCUGCGGCUACACCUGAAGAAGUUGCCAAUAGUGGAGUCACUGUCGCAUCAUUAUUUAUGAAUAAGGUCUUUGGUGAGACAGCCGAGCGCGCUUUGAGUGCAAUGGUGGCUAUCUCGGCGUUCGGAAACGUGUUGACCAUUACCUUUGCUCAAGCUCGAGUGAACCAGGAACUGGCGAAAGAAGGUGUGAUUCCGCUUCCCAAAUUCUGGGCAACCAAUUGGCCAUUUGGGUCUCCCUCAGCAGGACUUCUGUUGCAUUUCAUACCCUCAUUCAUCGUUAUCAUUGCAAUCCCCUUUGGAGAUGCGUAUGAUUUUAUUGUGGAUUUGGAGGGCUAUCCCUCAAGUGUGAUCAAUUUCUUGGUCGUUGUAGGUCUGUUUUACCUUCGAUGGACCUCGCCAAAUGUCAACCGGCCGUUCAAGGUCUGGUGGCCAGUCGCCUUCUUCUUUUUGGUUGGGCAGGCUUUCCAGCUUGUUGCUCCGUUUGUUCGACCUCCAGGAGGAAAGGGUGAUACCUCGCUUCCUUACUGGCUCGCGUCUGUUAUCGGAAUUGUCGUUUUAGUUCUGGGGGUCGUAUACUGGGCUGUUUGGCGAAAGGUUCUGCCGUGGAUCGGAGGAUACGAUCUAGUUCCAGUACAUGAACAACUUGCGGAUGGAACGACUGUUGUGGUUUACAAGGCAGUGAAAGAGCACCAAAAUUGA